AUGAAGCGCUCAAGAGAGCCCCUCUUCCAACACCUCCCAGCCGAACUCAUAAUCAAGAUCUACAAAUCCAUGAACGACAUCGAAGACAUCAAAGCCACCCUCAGCACCUGCCGAAGAGCAAAGGCAAUCUUCGACGCUCACGCCAGCGCGAUAGCGAAAAGCCAUCUCCUGCGCAAGAUCCACCCAUCCAACCUCAAGCUCAUGGUCAUGGCCGUAGCCUCCCGCGACGUCGACCCCGAAGACCCCGUCUCAAUCGAGCGGUUCUUCCACAAGUACAUCUGGCACGCCGCCGACGACGUGUGGCCGAAUUCCUACUUCACCAUGGAUAUGGUCGCGCUCCUACCGGUGUUCGCCGGGGCCGCGGAGCAGGUGUGGGAAUGCGCUGGGGCCAAUUGCUUCCGGCGGCCGUUUUACUUCGAGCAGAGUCCUACGGAGGACGCUCGGAAGCUCCGCGUCUGUCUUAUGAUCGAGACGGCGACGAAUCUGUUCUACCGCGCCCCGGGGAAGGAUGGUGUGAUCUUUUGGCGUUGUCCGAAUGCGGAGUGGGCGGAUAGAUACUGGGAUGCGUUCUCGCGCGUCGAGGUGGACAUGGUGGUAGAGGUAGCGGAUUUCGUUGCGCAUGUCCUCUUGAAUAGCACAGGUGCCCUGCCGGUUAAAACUACAUUCCGUAGACGUGACUUUCGCCAGGCUUUAUGGAAGUUUGCUUUCACAAUUGGUCUAGAGACUCUUUAUAGAUGGCAUCAGGUAGAGCCGUAUAGCAUGCCGAGUCUUAUCGAGGACACAUGGGAGAGUAUUCCCGACGGCGAAAGCAUGGAAACCCCCUUGGACGACGCGACGCGAUGCUUGGAGAACAAGACUGGUCUACAGCCUCGUUUCCAACCGGACCCGGACGCGAUCGAUGAAGAGGCCUGGCAAUUCAUCAAGCGCGAGGGAGUGCGGAAAUUCGGCAACCUUAUCGCGCAGGUUCCUGAGCAGACGAUGAUGAGCUUUUGGGAUAAAGCCGCCCUAAUGAAAUUUUGUGAGGCGAUGAGAAGCUACUUUCUUCUGGGAUAUCUAAUCCCGACCUGA